AUGUAUCAUCACAGUCUUCGUCAAGAUGUUUUCAUAAAGGACGAGUACCAUUAUUUAAACGUUCCUAAAGUUGGAACAUUCACAGUGUAUGACAGCCUUGACUGCACCUUUGAAUGCCUCGGCAAUCCUUCCUGUUUGUCCUUCAACCUGGCAGCUUACAAAGGAGCAGAUGGAAGGUUGCGGUGUGAGUUGUUAUCCUCCGAAAAGUACAGCAAUCCCGAGGAGUAUAAAAGGAACGAGAGUUUUCAUCACUUUUCUAUCAAGGUGUGGUAAAUUCUUUGUAUAGAGUUUAAAGUAAGAUAUUUUUUAUAUAUCAGGUCUACGCGAUUUUAAUAAUGUGUCUUGAAAUAUAAAAUACUUUCGUGUAAACGUAAAACUCGGCGCCGUAAUUCUUUGUAAAAUUAAGGUUCUUUAUAUGGAAUAUCAGCUAAGAAAUCGAACAGGAACUGGCGUAAAAGUGACAGACGAUAAGACGUCGGAGUUAUUCAGUCCAAUGUCACUUUCUCCCUAUUUUCUUGCCUCAACACUUAACCUAGGAACAAAAUUACCUUAAUGAAAAGAAAUCAUAUGACAUCAAAAUUUUUUAUUAUUAUUUCAGACUCCUUGCAUGUCAUCACCGUGCCAGAACGGAGGCACCUGUGUAGCGAACUACAAGUAUCACACGUUUGACUGCCGUUGCAAGGAAGGGUUUUAUGGAGAAUUCUGUGAAGGUAAUUGCUGUACCGCCGCCCUGUACAUCAAUUCAAGGCAGCAUAAAUAGUAAAGCCGUCGUCCUUGAUAAUAUUUACUACUAGGGAACUUAAGAUAGAGACGUUUUCGGGGCGACGGCAACUUCAACCGGACGUGACAUCAUCAUUUGUUGGAUAUUGCGCAUGCUCGUGCUCACCACCUUGCCGUCGUGGUCCCGUCGGCGACGUGAAACUGGUCUGUUUGGCGUUGUGGCGAAAACGUGAGUAUUUAACUGUCAUUUCAAUCAGGUUUGUUGCGUUUAGCAACCAACAUUUUGCAGAGUAUCGUUCGUAAAUUGUCCUUGUUUUCUUUGAGGCACAUUUCAAGCUCGAUUUCCAAGCUAUGUUCGCUAAACUUACAUCUUUGAAUGUUUCUAUGUUUUCAUUUCACAGGGUCAAGAUCCAACUUGGCAAACUGCCAACCGUAAGUGAGCUUGACAUGGGACAAAAUUUUCCCACGAGCCAAAUAAAAGUAUCCAGACAAAAAAUAUGAACUCCGAUAUUUCAAUUGUGUGUUUUUAGUUCGCUCUUUUCGUUAGAACAUCGUAUAAAUGAAACGCAUUGAAAAUUAUAUAGAGUAGUAGGUAAUACCAUGUACUAACUCGGCGUGGGAAUACUGAAAUAAAGUUGUCGCCGUUGUUGUUGUUGUUGUAUGCAAGUAUUUCCCGGGAAUUAUUUCAAUGCCAAACUAAGAAUACGGUUCCUUGGUAGCAUUUUAAUGUUCCUGUCAUUUGCAAGGCUUCGGCAAGCCUGUGGAGAUCCUUUUUUUUCAACACGAAAUUCUGCCUUGAACUCAGCUGCAUCCCGCAUGUUUUUUAGCGUGAACGGAUCGUAACUGUCCCGAGGAAAAUCGGGAUUUUUGGACUCAUAAUUUUUCCACAAAACGAGAAACUCUUCAUCCGAUACAUGUUGUCUGCAUAGCAAAUAUUUAUUCUCUUAAUUCUUUAUGUGAAGCCAUAUUUUCCUCUUUGGUAUUCUUCUAAUUAAAGGCGCGCCGUCCUUCUGAGUUCACUGCGAUCUUAAUGUUCUAUUUUUGACAGGGAGCGACGGAUGCCUUAGUUCCAGGCUUUCUCUGCCAGUCCGGUCGCCGUCGCCCCGAAAACGUCUCCAUCUUAAGUUCCCUAUUGUCAGGUGUGCAACGGGCCAACAAUCAUCUUUUGGCGUCUUUUUAACCUGCUUUGAAGCAUCGGCAGAUAAAUUUGUCAGUACUCUCAAAAGUAGAUUCCUCUCUUGUCACCAUCUGGUCAAAACCGAUCAAGUUGAACAAAACCGCCGCUGGCUGCUGUCAAAUUACUAAUUUGACAUGACCGUCAAAGUUUGAAUCGUUUUCUUUUCAAUAAAAACUGUUGACUCCCCCCAAGUUUACCUGUCACCUUCUCUCCUCUCCGCCUCUUUUGCUUUUCUUCUUCCGUACUUUUCUACUGGCUUCAUUUUGGGGAAAAAAAUUUUUAAAAAAACUGAUGACGUCACAAGUGGUACAAGAAACGUAGCUAAAGAAACGAACGGGCAGUUAAAGUGACUGGAUGUGGUGUGAAUUUGUUAACCCAAACGUAGGUUACACCUCAAAGAUUACAGGUUAUUACUUAAGACGUGACCAGCAGUCUGUCUCACAUAAAAAGGCAAAGACCCGUAAAGGGAAAGUGGGUAACCUGUGGUUUAAUGGCUUCCUUGCAGACGUUCCCCUCCUCCCUUCCCUUUCCCUUUCGAACGCCUGCCACACAGGCUAUCUGUCUCACAUAAAAAGGCAAAGACCCGUAAAAGAAAAAGUGCAGCAACCUGUGGUUUGAAUUUCUUCUUGUCCUUUAUUCCCCCUCCUCCCUUAAUCGGUUCUUGGUAAAGUGAGAGAAAAUCUAAGUUGAGUUUAUGUUUCAAAUUUUUUUUCAGUUGCAAAGUCAUGUCAAGUCCUUUAUGAUCAGCUCAAGGAAAAGUGAGUAUCACUACUGAUUUAAAUUAUAAUAAAAUUAAAUAGAAACAAUAAAAUAUUGAUUCUCGAUGGGGCUGUUCCUACACCAUUAAAACAGCCACAAAUGCAAAAUAAAGGCACGGAUAAAAAACACUUUAAAAAGGUUUAAAAUCGAUUGCAAUUGUGGGUUUUUGAAAACUUGUUGGCAUAGUGCAGUUAUUCAAAAUUCAUUUUUGAAGUCUGUAAUGUUUAUGACCUGGAGGCAUAUUUAUUGGACAACAGAAUAGUUUGUCAUUCACAAGUAAUUUCUUCUUGACUUAUUGAGUUCCAUAGUGCAAAAGACUCUUUUGCGCUAUGGAAGUCAAUAAGCCAAUAAAAAAUUACUUUGAAAGAGUAAUUGGCAAUAUUUUAUAACAAAAUAAACUAGGCAAUCGUGACAGAGCUCUUUAAGUAACAUUCCCUUUGUUUAUUCGAUAGUCAAGAUAUGGAAAAAAUAAAUUAAAUGAGAUUUCAUUUUGUACAGGUUAAACGUGACUCAGUUGAUCACUCUUCUCCUUGAUUCCAAAAAAAUUCCCGUUCUCUGUCACAUGGGAGAUUUUGGAUGUGGAGAUGGAGGAUGGACACCGGUCAUGAAGAUGGAUGGCAACAAGGUAGACUUUUCAGUAGUUUGAUUAAAAGUCCGGGAACAAAAGUGAAAAAAAAUGGUUAUUAAAUACCGCGGACUUGAUUCUUUAAGCGGUAAUUCUCAAUAGGAGUCAGGAGUGCUAUUUAAAUGAUUUUUCUAAAAAUGUCCGAGGGGCUUAUUUCCCUUUAGAACGCUUUGCACGGGAGGAAAACUUUUUGGAAAAUGGCGUCCACGAUAAACGCCAGUCUCCUGCAGUUUUUAGACGCUAUAAAGAACUGAGGUGGACAGUGACAAGAACUUUUUAAAUCGUAUUAGUAACGAGAGCUUAUAGGGCCCUGCUCUCAGCGAAGUUCAGCGAAUUAACAGCGUAUUAAACCUCAAACAGUGCAAAUAACAACCUUAAUUUACAGUUAGUAUCCGGGGGUCGGCAUAAAGAGUACUUAAAUUGCUUAGCUUUGACAAAUCUCCCAUUUGAAAGCGGUGAAUUAUAUUUCUUUGCAUGAGGUUUUAAACCGUGCCAAAAUUAAACUGUUCGAAGGAUCAUCUGUUGCCUAGAAAUUUCUAAAGCUUGAGAAAGGCUUAAAAUUUCUGGAUAACUGUUCCACGCGUUUAUACUAUCAAAAAUUAUAUGCCCUAUUAUUACUAGUAAAAGUACACGAAGUUCAUUUACACAGCAAGAGCCUCAAACGAUGAUCCGAAGUAAUCUGAUCAUGAGACAAUGAGACAAACCACAGCAGGACUGUAGCGGGAUCCAACGUUUGUUGAUAAAAUUAAGAGUUUCGCAAUAUUUCUGCAACCCCAAAGUAACGGAGCCUUACUAGAUGUACAGGCGAAAUAACCUUCCGACCAUACUUGAAUCAAAUCAUUCUUUACCUAUCAUGGAGACUGUUGUUCUUAACAAUUUUAUCACAGCAAACUUUUCACUUCCACGCCAGUCUCUGGAGCAACAAAGAAACCUUUAACCUUGACGGAGGGAAGACUGGGUUUGACUCACAGGAGACUAAACUACCUUCCUACUGGAACACAUCUUUCUCCAAGAUUUGCCUCGGUAUGAAGAUCGGCCAGCAGAUCAGGUUUAUUGUCAUCAACAAGGAGGCAAACUCCUUGUAG